CCACGCUUACCCAAGCACACACACACUCAGACACAGGUACGCACACUCAGACACAGGUACGCGCACACACGCACACAGGUACGCACACACACUCAGACACAGGUACGCACACUCAGACACAGGUACGCACACAGACUCAGACAUAGGUACGCACGCACACUCAGACACAGGUACGCACGCACACUCACACACAGGUACGCACACACACACAGGUGUGUCGACGUUCUACCUGCCCUCAACUGGCGCGUGACAUCUACGCAACAGGUGUCUGCUCGGAAUCCAAGCGGGGGUCUGCUCGCAAUCCCGGCUACGGGGGGGGGGGGGGGUGGGAGGGGGGUGGUGAUGGAUUCCGGAGACGAGACGAUGGAAGGCUGGUUGGAAAAGCGACGCGACAAAUUUAGCUUCCUCUGGAGGAGGUAUUGGUUCCAGCUGAAGGGCGGCAAACUCUGUUACUUCAAAAGCCGCGACUGCACCACCCCUCACGGCGUCAUAAACGUGAACAAGAUAAAAACCAUCGGAGAGGCGAUUUCAACGGGAAAAAACUUUUCGUUUGUGCUCUUUGCGGAAAAGCCGGUCAUCUUGGCUGCAGGCUCCAGCGAGGAGUGCGAGUGGUGGAUAGAGACGCUGCUGUCCAAAUCAUCGAGUGCCCGCCGCUCCUCCUCCCAGUGGAACUCCGUCUGGUACACAGAUGCGCCACCCGUGGACAGACUGACUGGCGCGUUCACGUCGACGGAGAACGGCGCGACAACCAAUCGCAACUGGACCCGCACGGAGGCUCGCGACUGGAACUCCGAGACGGCGCCGACGCAGAGAACGCAGCCAACGCGAGAGCCGCCGCCGAUCCCACAGAGGCCUCCCACCACCAGAAAGCCAUCGCUCAAAACUCCUCCGCUGCCGCCUAAAUUGGGAAAAUAUUCAACGCCCGGGAGCCAGGGCUGCGCUAGUCCUGCCAGCCCCACCCUCGAGAAACUGACAAUCGAAGAUUCCGACGACGACGACGUUUUUGAGGAAGAAAUCUACGACACUCCGCGCCCAUACCCGGAGACGCUACAGGACAAGGCUUGCCCAGUCAAGACCUCGUCGAGUUAAAAUUUGACCAAGACGCAGCUUGCACUCGGAGGAAAUGUUCAUCGUCGCGUUCAUUGUGAUUACAAAGUGGAAUCGUCGCAACCAAAUUGUCAGUUAGAAUCAUGAUCAGAGGGUCACCUCAGCCCUUCAUCCGACCGUGAUUGAUAAACCGAGUGGCCCACUUUGUAAGCAACAGACAAGAGGUUGUUCAGCUAACUUGCGCUUGCCAUUGGAAUGUGGAAUUUCCACAAUUAAACAUAUAUUUGUUCUGUGGUAACAAUAGUACAAGUAUACACAGAGGUCAGUUGUAUAUAGGCCAAAACUAAUGUAUAUAUACGAGCACAUCGCUUGUUAAUAAACGAAUGCCACUUUCACUGGUAACACUUUACUACAUGCACUGUAUACCUUAACAGUGGAUUGCACCGAGAAAUAAAAUGGGGCAGCUCCAGUC